CAAAAAAGUUCAUUGUUAUCAAAAAAGUUCAUUGAACUAACAUGUGAAAAGUAUGUUGUGUUUAUUAAUAUCCGCAGCUCCGUUCACCUCAUAAUACUGUUACUUGAGUGAAAAAAAUAAAAAAGAAACAAAAAUUUGUGAUGACACUGAGAUGAUAAUUGCUAACUCAAGAUAUAUCAAGAAAUAUGUCACAUUUUGACAACGGAAGACUGACCUUAUCGAUAACACAACUGUUCUUAACAGCUUUAUUGGAGUUGCUGUGAAAUUUAAAUUAGGUUAUAAACAGUAAUAGAGACAUGAAAAUUCAGUUGAUUUAUGUGUAAUGUCAUUCAUAUCUGAGUAUAUCUUGAGAACUGAAGUCAGUUUACUUGCUGAAUUUUAGUUCCAAGAUUGAAAUCUUGGAAGAGAAACUCUUAAAUAAAAUAUCUUGAAACUGUUCCUUUAUGUCUGAAACAUUUUCAGACUUUGUCAAAUAUCACUUUUCACUCUAUGAAAAAAUGCAUUAUAAUACGGUAUUUGCUGAGAAGUUUUAAAAGUUUAUUAUUCUGCAUUAAGUAUUUGAAAAUAACAGAAUAUUUUACAAUAUUUAUAGAAGAAUUAUGGAGAAUAAACUGUGUGAGAGUCAAGUUUGUGAGCAAACACAUCCUGAACCUAGUGACCUACCUAAACAGACAUGUGUAAAUAAACAAAAGGAACCAUAUCGUUCAAACAUCAUUAAAAAGACAUUCACACAAUCUAAUGCUUUAUUUAAGCAAAAGUUACUUCAUACAAGCUCAAAGCUUAAAUAUUUUAAAAUUUAUAGUAAAACAAUUACUAAAAACAACUCUUUGUCUUUGCAUAAGAAUGUUCGGCAAGAAAAGAAAAUUUACCAAUGCAUAAUUUGUGGUAAAACUUUCUCUGACAGUGGUAAUUUGACCAAGCAUAAACGUAUUCAUACUGGUGAAAAACCAUACCACUGUGAUAUUUGUGGGAGAGCAUUCUCUCAGCAAGCUCAUUUGACUAAACACAAAUAUAUUCACUCAGGUGAGAAACCAUAUCACUGUGAUAUCUGUGGAAAAACAUUUUCACAAAAUGGUGAAUUGACUGUUCACAAACGUAUUCACACAGGAGAGAAACCGUAUCAGUGUGGUAUUUGUGCUAAAACAUUUUCCCGAAGUUCUGAUUUAAAUAGACACAAGUACAUUCAUUCAAGCGAAAAACCAUAUCACUGUGAUGUCUGUGGGAAAACAUUCUCACAAAGAGGAAGCAUGGUUAAACACAAGCGUACUCACACCGGUGAGAAACCAUACCAUUGUGAUAUCUGUGGAAAAACAUUCUCUGUAUGUAAUAAUUUGACUAGUCACAAACAAGUUCACACAGGAGAAAAACCAUUCUGUUGUUAUGUCUGUGGGAAAACAUUAUCUGGUAAUAGUGCAUUAACUAGACACAUACGCAUGCAUACUGGUGACAAUCCAUACCACUGUGAUAUCUGUGGUAAAAGAUUCUCUGAGAGUAAUAGCUUAACUAUACACAUACGCAUGCACACUGGUGAGAAGCCAUAUCAUUGUGGUAUCUGUGGGAAAACGUUCUCUCAAAACGGUCAUUUAACCCAACAUGUACGUAUUCACACAGGCGAGAAUCCAUUUCACUGUGAUAUUUGUGGUAAAACAUUUUCUCAAAAAGGUCAUUUAACACUUCAUGUACGUGUUCAUACAGGUGUGAGACCAUACACUUGUGAUAUUUGUGGUAAAUCAUAUGCUGAUAAUCAGAAUUUAAAUCGUCACAAACCUGUUCAUACAGGUGUCAAACCAUAUCAUUGUGAUAUCUGUGGUAAAACUUAUUCUGAAAGUAGGAGUUUAACUAAACAUAAACAAAAAUCCCAUGAAAGUCUGCCCAUAGAACAAUAGAAUGGCUUGGGAGAAUUUGCUUCAUGAAGCCACCUGGGUAUCUGGUGUAGCCAUCUGGUUCGCCAGUCCUCAGUCAAAUCGUCCAACCCAUGCUAGCAUGGAAGUCGGACGUUAAACGAUGAUGAAUACAAGGAAAUUUUGUCAAAUGGAAAAUGGAUGAAAGUUUAUAUAAUGUUUUUAUUUAACCCUUCUGUAAUAAUACACUGUCUUUGUUUCAAUUAAUUUUGAAACAUACAAAUAAUUUUGUAAAAUAACUUAUUAUUAAGCUCAUUUGUGGAGCAUAAAUUAAUGUGAAAUUUUAGUGGAAGAUUUUAAUUUAGAUCACUUUAAACAAAGAAGUGUUCAUCAUAGAACCAGAGGCAGUCUCAGAUGGAUUGGUGUCAAAAUAUUUGAAAAUAUUUUUAACAUUUCAACAAAAAUUAUAUAUCACACUGUUGUAAUAUUUUCCAUUUCUAACAUUAUGAAACAAUCUGUUUUGUCCUAUAUCAACCAGCUGACUUACAUGAUUGAGAAAGGGUUCAAUAAAAUUAUUUACACACAGUAAGAUUAUUCAAACACAGAAAUCUAACUGAUUUCUAAUGCUUUCAUACUGCAAUAUCUUUUUUCCUUUCCUUUCAGACAAACAUAAACUGCAGAUUUACUUUAACCUUUUACCAGAACAUUCUACAAGUAGUGGAUGUAGAUUUAUCUAGUAGAAAGUUAGUGUCAGAGUUGUUAUAAUUUACAAUUAAUCUUUAUACCUAUUGCUCUCCCAUCACACUCUUAUGAAGUUCCCUGCCCUCGAUCCACUGUCUGUAUCCUCUCUUGUAUCUUGAGAUACUCUAGCAUCCCACCACUACCACCUCUAUCUUCUUUUUACUACUCUCACCCUUAUAUAAUGAAAGGUAGCCUUAUAUCUCCUCUAUAGCGAGACACCUGAGCUUAUCCUUCCACCACACUUUAGCUUUAACAUCUGGCAUAAAACCACCACUCUUCUUUUCUCUCUCAAAUACUACCUUAUCAAGGAGGAUUUUCCCUUCCUGUUCAUUUUUUGUCUUGCAAGUUAUUUGGUGACCUCACUAGUUCUGGUGGUAUGAAAAAGGCAUGCAGUACACUCUUCAGGUAGUUAGCAUUAGAAAGGCCAUUCAGCCAUGGAAUUCAUGCUAAAGCUGACAAUGGAGCUUUGAUACAAUUCAUCAGAUUCUGUCAAACUGCCCAAUUUAUGUCAGUAUGGAAAAUGAACAUUAAAUAAUGAUAAAUAUGUGAUUCUCUUCGCUGAUUUAUUCAGAAUAACCUUAGUACCUAGUUACCUUAAUAGAAUGACCUUAAUAUCUGGUUACAUGUGCUUUUCUCACAAUUUUAAUGCUAUGAACAGUUGACUGUGACAUCAGAGAAAGUGAAACUAGGGAAUUGUUAUGAUAACUACUGUUUAAUCUUGGGACCUUGUAAGGUGGCCAGCUCACAGAAUUGUUACUGCGCUGGGCAAAAUGCUUAGUGGCAUUUCCUCCAUCUUUACUUUCUGAGUUCAAAUUCUGCCAAGGUCGAUUUUGUUUUCAUCUUUUUGGAGUUGAUAAAAUAAGUACCAGUUGAGUACUGAGGUCAAUAUAAUUAACUUACUCCCUCCCCCAAAAUUGCUGGUCUUGUGGCAAAAAUUUGAAACCAAUUUUGGGACCUCAUAGCUUUUCAUGUAACAGUAGGUUGAUGUUUUUUUUUUGUUUUUUUUUUUUCAAAGAAAUAUUUAUGAGAAGAACUACUGGAAACAUAUUUCCUUUACUUGAGAGUUAUUUUUGAAAUCUAUUUUAUCAGAACAAUUUAAUUAAUUUAAAUGUUAUCAUGUAAAGGGCAGAGUAGUGAAAUCACACAAAUUUCACAAACCUUCAAAUUCUUUCUAAUCUGUAAGAAGUUUAACCUAUGGAUAUAGAGGAUUCAAGUAUAUCCUAAUCAUUAUCAGACCUGACUUAAUCAAAACAAACUGAAUUUUGAGUUCUUCUGUUUUGCCUGUAAUAUUGGAGACAUUAUAUAAUUUUUUUUAUAUGCACAGGCAUUCUGGUAUUAUGAGAAAGUGUCAAGCCAAUCAAUGCCUUGUGUGUGAAUUUAAUUGACAGAAAUUGCAGGAAGCCUAUCAUGUGUGUGUGAAUGUUGAUAUUCCAUGCUCGUUGCUGCUUGAGUGAAACUAAUGUUGAUAUACCCAGUUGAUGUUAUAGCAGGUUGCUCUGUACUUUUGAAUACUUCUGGAAUAAAAAAAAAUUUCCUUACUUGAAAAGACAGUAAAGGUUGGUAAUAGGAAGAGCAUCCAGUCAUAAAAUCCUACUGCAAAUAACUUUCCAUCAAACUCACACAAACAAGAAGAAUAGAUAUAAACCAUAGAUAAGCAUAACUUUUAAAACGGGUAGAACUUGUGUUAAAGUACCGCAUGAAACAUAUGCCAGACUCAUGCCUCCAUAAAUCAAAACCUGGGUAGAAGUAUACAUGAAUUUCAAUAGAGUUUGUAUUUGGUCAUGACUGUGAAUUUAAACUAUAAAGGUUAAAGAAAUAAUCUUCAUUUGUAUGAGAUUCUUUUUAGUCUUGAAUAUAUUCAAACAUUAUCAGGGUCAGAUUGUUCAAAAAAUAAAAUCUCAAUCACAAGACUAUGGAUGGUGAAACUAAAAAUGUUGGAUUGGAUGUCUUGCAGAAUUUCUGGCUCUCUCCAUUCUGAGUUCAACUCCUGCCAUAGCCUGCUUGGGUGGUAGCCUUAAUCCCUUAUCCCUUUUAACACUACCACUUGGCAUCUUUGGUGUCUUUUGCAGAGUUCACUCAAUUGCAAGGACUUGUUCUUGGUCUCCAGUUUGAGGAUAUCUCCCUUCCCCUACCUGUUUUAGAGUCCCUGUAAAGAGUAUUGCCAACCCUUAUGACUAAAAGAUAAAGACAAACUGAUUAUUGUGCAAAUUUCCUUCUGUCUGAAAAUACUGUAAAUUGCAUCAACUCUAUUAAAAAUUGUAUCAAACAGGCUGUGGUUACUGUAAAUGACCACACUUUACCUUUUACUAAUAGAGACAGGUGCUACUGACGAAACUAUUGCUGCAACAUUAUCAGAAGAUAGAUGAUCUGUGACGUGUUUUCAAAGUCCUACAUUAAUUCUGGAAAAAAAGCUUUUACCACAUUAUUUGGUAACAAAUAAUUAAUGCUUGUUUACAAUCUUAUGUGAUGUAAAAACAAGGAAACACAAACAUACACAUGCAGAUAAGGAAAUUCCAUGUCAAUUUUUGGUCCAUGCAUCAGCUAAAUUAUGAGAAAGAUAUUUUUACUUUUUAAAAUUAAAUUAAACAAAGACAGCAUUUUAUGAGUUGGGGAGCUGCACCAGACUCUAGUCUGAUUUGACAUGGUUUCUAUGGCUGGAUGCCCUUCCUAACACCAACUGUUAUAUUCAGGUGGUGUCCCUUGGUAACCAAUAUAUAGUCUCAUCAAAAAAAAAAAAUUGUUAUUCUUUAUACAUUUUUUUUCCUUCCACACAUAUCUCAUCUUCCAUUCAUAUGGGCUCCGACUCUGAAAAUGAUAAAGAUAUGCAGGUUAUAGAAGUUAGUGGUAAUGAAGUGUGUGGAGAGAUAAUGGACGAUAAAUUCAUCUAAAAAACACACGUUAGAGUUUUUGCAUCUAUUUGUGAAAUGAAGUAAAAAUAUAUUAAAACAAAAUAUCAUUUUCCUACCUCUUAAAAUCACUGGAUAUAAUAUAAUAAUCCCAGAUUGCAGAAUAGAUUUGAAAAACUAACGCAUUUUCCCUUUGCAAUUUUUGGCACCAAAAUGAGUUUCAUUUUUGUGUGGGUAGAGAGAGAGAGGUUAAACGAUGAUGAUAUAUAAUGAUAUAUAUAAUUAUGAUAUUGUUACUCCAUUCAAAGUUUAGGUAAUCUUCGUCACCCACUCACUCUCUGUUUCUGUCACUCACUCUCUCUCUCUCUCUCUCUCACUCACUCUCUCUCUCUCUCUCUCUCACUCACUCUCUCUCUCUCUCCACACAAAAAUGAAACUCACCUUGGUGCA